GAGAGCUUCGCCUGCAUCACCUCUUCAACAGUUGGAGCUUGCCUGCAGAUUGCAGAUCGCAAACUCACGCCUCGUCGCCGUUUGGAAUCUAGAGACCGGCCUCUAUGAGAUUGACCUGACCUAUCGACUCUAUCAUUCAAUACCACCGGCGGAGCUUACUCUCGAGUUAUGAGUGCCCGAGGACCGCCCCCGGCGACGACCAUGCGAUGAUGCCGAUACGACUUCAACAUGUCACCAGCACGAUGCGAAGACUGCCUCUUGGUACACCCAUAGCGACACAGGCCUCUUGGUUCUCUUCCUCCAAUCCACGACUCGGCGUUUCCAGAAUGAAGCAAAGAUGGACAGAUGAAAGACGUCGCCAAGAAAGAGAAAGCAGGGACUAUUGGGCAUCAGAACGUAGCAGAGAGCGCAAGGACAAGUUGGAGAAGAUCAAACGGAGGCUUCGUGGCGAAGACCUGAAGGCCUCCCAGGAAGACGCUUCGAAGCUCCCGUCAGUUCGACAAACCAAGCCACCCCCGCACCCGGUCAACUUCAAGAAGCUACCAGUGGAACAUCACUUCAAAAGAAUAUUCCUCGACCUGGACAUUGGGCUGGCCGCCUUGGACUACCGAAUGGUGCAACUCCCCGGCAAACUGAAAAAGUUGUCCGAGCAGAUAAAGAUACAAGUAUCUCCACGGCAUGUCAUGAGAAAUUGGGACAGGGAGUACUUUGUCGAGACGAUGAACGAGCACCCCUACACGGUCCUGUACAGGCACAAGUACGAGCAGAUGAAGGAGAAGACGCCGCUCUGGGUUUGGCUGUACGGAGUCACCCAGAAAGGGGGCCCGCUCGUUGUCAAUACCGCCAGAAGGACUAUGAGGCGCGAGCUCCACGCCGCCCUGGAAGCCAGAGGCUACGAUCCCGAGGGGCGUCUCCUUAGGCCCAAGAGGAACCGCACGGGGAAAGACACUCUCUUAGAGGGCAACCUGACAGGCACGAUAGCCCUCACUGCCAGACUCCCCGCCGACGUGGUGAAGAGGCUCCCCCAGGCCGAUCUGCGGGCGGCAAUGGACGUGGCCGUGGACCGUCUGAUUGAACUCAAGGACGCCGAGCAGAACCCGGAGCGGUGGCAACGCGAGUACGACAGGAAAUUGGAGGAGAGAGCACGCGAAGAGAUUGAACGGGAGGACGAAGCGAAGCGUCGGAAAGAGGCGGCGGAAGCAGAAAAAAAGCGACGAGAGGAUGAGUGGCUUGAGAAGGAGUUUCAGAGGGAGGCGGUGUGGCGGGAGAAAAGACUGAAACAGGAGGAAGAACGAAACCGAAUUAUUGAGGAGAAGAAACGCAGGCGGGAGGAGCGGAGUCUCAAGGUCGCUGAAGAGAAGCGCCGGAGAGAAGCAGAAAGGCCUCUGAAUUCGGGCCAGCUCUGGGCGUGAUGCGGAUAUUUGGAGGUCGUGGAGAGAUGGCGGCGGAGAGAUGGAUAUGGUACCAUUAUUGAUGGCAUGGACAAUCUUCAUGAUGACGGCCUCGGCUGUUGUCUGUGUAACACAAUCCUACAAAUGAUACCCCUUAGAUAGAAAUCAUGACUUUUUCUUUUACCA